AUGAGCAAAUAUUUGCAGAAGUUACGUCACUUACUGAUCAAAGGGGAGAGAGCACCAGACCUGCUAAGGCAGCUUCGCUUCUCAGUGACUGGACCGUGUGGUAACCUGGAGCCCUGUUUUACCUACAAAGAACGGCAGCUUAGAGGGUACUCUUCUCCAGGCAUGCACGGCCUCCGACUCAUCAUGAUACCAGUCGAUCUACUUCUGUUUCUGUGCCACCUCCUGCUGCACCCUGCAGACGCCAUUUCAUAUGGAGAGCAGGCAAAUGUCUCUGUGCACCUUCCUUUAUCCUUGGUGUCCCAGCCACCCUCCUCAGACCCCGAGUUCUGUAAGACACUGCUCCCAAAGUCCCUGCCUGGCUUUACCCACAUGGCCCCUCUACCCAAGUUUCUGGUAGGCCUGGCUCUAAGGAAUGCCCUGGAGGAAGCUGGCUGCCAAGCUGAUGUCCAGGCCCUGCAGCUUCAGCUCUACCGCUGGGGUGGUGUGAAUGCCACACAAGUCCUCAUCCACCACCUUCAAGGGCUCCGGAAAGGCAGAAGCAAAGCGAGGGAUGUGUCGGUGGAAGCCCUGGCCUCCUCUCUGCAACUUUUAGCCAGGGGACAACCAGGCCUGGAGAGGGCCCGACGCUCCCUCCCCACUGAGGACUGUGAGGAUGAGCAGGAGCAGAAUGUGCACAGUGUGGUUAGGCUACUACCUGGAGUAGGAACCUACUACAACCUGGGUACAGCUUUGUAUUAUGCUGCUAAGAACUGCUCAGACAGGGCCAAGGAACGAGGCCAGGAUGGGGCCAUUGAUCUGGGUUAUGACCUUCUGAUGACCAUGGCCGGGCUGGCGGGAGGGCCCACAGGUCUAGUGAUAAGUGCUGCACUUAAGCCGGCAUUAAAGGCUGGAGUUCAGCAGUUGAUCCAGUAUUAUUACGAUGAGAAAGAGGCAAACGUCGCCUAGCUGGAGGCCAGCAGAGAGGGCUUGGGGGCCACCUCAGUUGUGAGUGACCUGGAAGAAGCAAGUACCGUGGUAUCUUUGGUAUCAGAGACUGCAAGUUCAGCUCCCCACUGGAGUGGGCCUUAUUCAAGAACUAUAACCUAAAUUCUUGGGCUGGGAGUUUUGGAAAAUAAAAGAUGGUAACCACAGAACGAAUGAAUCUAAUAUUCUGACAAGCUGUGUUCAAAAUCCAAAUCUCUGAAUUAUUAUCCAGGAGGAAGGCAGUGCUGUAAAAUAGGAAUGUGAAAGUUUGGAGCAUUCGAGGCACUCUCUCAGUACGCUCAGGCCCACUCCUACCUCUCAGGAAUAUACUUCUGCUUAUACUUAAUAAACUACCUUUUCCUUUCA